AAUAAGUAUCCGAAGCUCGUGUCGAGUUCUGAUUAUAAAAUUGAACCAUCUGGCGAUUAUUGGUCUCGAUAUGCUCUUGUAAGUCUUCUUGUCAAGGAAUUUGUUGAAGCUACAAGCCCAUGUCUAACUCCGGCGACGGCAACGGCAAGGCAGUACACAUCCUUGCUUUUCCUUUUCCGGCGCCAGGCCAUGUGAUACCCAUGAUCGACUUAACCAAGCUGCUACUCACCCGCGGCAUAAGCGUCACCGUUUUAGUCACCCCACGUCACCUCCAUCUCCUCGAACCCCUCCUGAAAUCUCACCCUUCUUCCGCCAUUGACACUCUGGUUCUCUCUCCUCCAGAGGUUCCUCCAUCUUGCACGACGUACAAUCCUGUUGCCAGAAUGAACGCCCUGGCAGAACUCUACGAUCCCAUUCUCCAAUGGUUCCGAUCUCGCCCUUCGCCUCCGGUGGCCAUCUUGUCGGACUUUCUUCUCGGUUGGACCAACCGCCUCACCUCCGACAUCGGCGUGCCACGUAUCGUCUUCUGGACCACCGGCGCUGCCUCCGUUUCCAGUUUCAACUGGCUGUACCGCGAUCUUACGGUCUACGAUAUCCAUCGCGACGACGAAUCCGUACUUUCACUUUCGGGGGUGCCAAAUUCCCAUAAAUACCCCUGGUGGCAACUCAGCCAAUUGCUUCCGAACUUCCAGCACGGAGACCCGGGUUGGGCAUUUUUCCUGGACUCCCUGAUGAGCAAUGUUCAAUCCUGGGGCGCCGUUAUCAACAGUUUCGAUGAGUUGGAGCGGGUCUACGUGGACCACUUGAUGCAGGAGAUGGGCCACGAUCGGGUUUGGACAGUGGGCCCUUUACUGCCGUCGGAUGAUGAUCAGACGGCAUCCAGCAACCGCGGGGGGUCCAGUUCCAUACCAGUUGAUGAAGUGAUGCGCUGGUUGAACUCCAAGCCAGAUAACUCGGUGGUCUAUGUGUGCUUCGGGAGCCGCUGGACGAUCACAGAUCAGCAAGUGGCGGCGCUGGCGGGGGCGCUUGAGUGUAGCGGCGUGAAUUUCAUCUGGGUCGUGAAGGAGGGCGUCGUUUUGCUUAACGGGUUUGAGGAACGAGUGGAGCGUAGGGGGUUUAUCAUCAAAGGGUGGGCCCCGCAGGUGCCCAUACUGAAUCACCGAGCGGUGGGCACGUUUGUGAGUCACUGCGGGUGGAACUCGACGUUGGAGGCGCUGACGGCGGGGGUGUUGAUGCUGACUUGGCCGCUGGGUGCGGACCAGUUCUUUAAUGCCAAGCUGCUGGUGGAUGAGCUUGGAGUGGCUGUUAGGUUCUGCGAUGAUGGGGACCGAGCCGUUCCUGACUCGGCUGGGUUGGCUCGGUUGUUGGGCGAGUGGGUGGGCGGGGCUCGGCCUGUCCGACUCAUGGAGCUCUGUAGGGCGGCUACUGAGGCGCUGAAAGCAGGAGGAAACUCCAGCAAAGGUCUGGAAAUGCUGGUUCAGGUGCUUCGCAGCUUAAAUUAAUCGUGCUUGGUUUACUGAACAAUAAUGGUUCUCUCCUGUAUUUGUUGCCUUUCUUUUCUUCGGCGUCUUUGUGCUUUUAUUUCCAAAAUGGCCCAUGAAUGGAACUGUGUAGCCAUUGAAAUAUCUUUUGUAUUUGGAGAUUAUACUCAAAAAGAGAAAAAUGAACGAACAAAUUGCAUUCUUGGAUC